AAUGACGACCAGCAUCCUUCUCGUAUAAAAAGGAGGGGAAAGAAAAGAAGAUCAUCCUCGGGUUGUUAUUUUAUGCACCAUGGCUUCAGUUGCAAAGAGACAUAUACUUGGUCUAUCGCCCAUCGUUGGCUCAACAACUGAAGCUCUACUACUAUCAUCAUACGCCAGACGACCAACACAACAGAUCUGUGCGAACUUCGGAAGACGCUAUUGUGCGAGUCACUCCAAGGGUGCUCAGAAGACGUCCACCAUAACCCGACAACGAAAAGAUACAGCAGCCUGUCAACACAGUAGUCAGGCCAUACACACCAAGAACUGCUGGAGUCAACGAAGCUACGCCAGUGUCAGCACCAGUAACUCAACUAUGAAAGCUCUCGUUUACAACGGUAAGGGCAAGUUUGCCCUGGAAGACAAGCCAGUUCCACAAAUUCAGGAACCGACUGAUGCUGUUGUCAAAGUGCUCUAUACCACAAUCUGUGGUACGGAUCUCCAUAUCGUCAAGGGAGAUGUAGCGACUUGUACUCCCGGUCGAAUCUUGGGUCAUGAAGGCGUUGGAAUAGUUCAAGAGCCAGGAUCCGCGGUCUCACGCUUCAAGAAAGGCGACCACGUGCUGAUCAACUGUAUCUCCAGCUGCGCCACAUGUGAUUACUGCCGGCGUGGAAUGUACAGCCACUGCGAGAAGGGCGGAUGGAUCCUUGGAAAUACCAUCAAUGGCACACAAGCAGAAUAUGUAAGGAUUCCUGUGGCAGACUCCAGCCUUCAUCCUGUCCCUCAAGGUGUUGACGAGAAGACACUGGUCAUGUUCUCAGACAUCCUAGCGACAGGCUUCGAAUGUGGCGUUCAAAAUGGCAAAGUACAGCCCGGGUCGACGGUCGCGAUCGUAGGCGCAGGACCUGUGGGAUUGGCCGCACUGAUGACAUCGAAGUUGUACUCACCAAGCUUGGUCAUCAUGAUUGAUCAAGAUCCGAAUCGACUCAAAGUCGCCCAGAAAUUUGGUGCUGAGUAUGUGGUGAAUAGUGCUGAAGUCUCAGCGGAGGAAGAGGUGAUGAAGAUCACGAAUAACGUUGGAUGUGACGCUGUCAUCGAGGCAGUAGGUGUACCCGCGACACUGGAACUCGCCCAGGAUCUGGUCGCUCCGGGCGGGACAAUUGCAAACGUCGGGGUCCAUGGAACGAGCUGCUGUCUGAAGAUGGAAAAGCUCUGGGACCGCAAUAUGUCUAUCACGACCCGUUUAGUGGAUACAACAACAACUCCAAUGUUGUUGAAGUUAUUUGCUGCUGGACGCUUGAAUCCUAAGGACUUUAUCACCCACGAGUUCAACUUCAAGGACAUGGAGAAGGCAUACACAACGUUCCAGGCGGCCGCUCAGCACCAGGCUUUGAAGAUGUUGAUUUCGAUGUAAGGCAUCAAAGGAUUGCUGUGUUAAUGUUUGUCAGACGAGCGAACCAGGAGAUGCGGUAGUGAGGGAGUGAGCAAAAAGGAGCCCUCGGCCUUGGCAAGGCUGGGCUGUGCAAGGCUGGAUGACCGAACAUUGUGCGGAACACUAGCUGGCACUCCAAGUUAUGUUAUUCACGAGGAUGAGCAUGAUCACUCACUGCCACCAUUGAAUGGCGUCUCAUAGUAGUGUUCAAGUCUUAUUUAUUUGAGAGUGGCGCGCAUCCAUCUAGCCUAAAGAACCGUGAUAGCCUACGAUGCAUCACCAUUCGACGACCGCCCUACUCUCAACCUCGUUAGAUGCUGCUCUGGUAUGGAUACCAUACACCAGACCAAAGGGCGUUAAUUGUUACAUUACUAUCUCGUAGCAAGCCAAUACGAACUAUGACUUGGGAAGGUUGGAUCCUGUGCCCAUGAAUAUUUGCUGGUCACUGAGUAUCUCUAAUUCCACAGUAAAGUGUCAUCCGUUGAAUCCGAGGCCCAUGGCCUCUGCAUCUCCCAUCAAAGCGCUUUUCACUUCUUCUUCGCCAAUCUUGAAUCUGAUCUUGCCCGCACGUUCACCUUUGUUUCUGGAUUCCAUGGCAAUAACACCAGCUUCGACCAAGUCCAUUGCAGCAGCACCCAGCGCAAUGAUCCGAGGAAUCGGAGAAGAGGCUGCUUUCCCGACCUUGUUAUCAACAAGAAGGAAGUCAUGAAUGGUACUGUUCUCAGCUACAUCGGCAAUGCGUUUGGCCUCGAUGACAACGUCACCCAGGGUUGAUUCAGCCACACCUGUACGACGCGAUCGUGCCAACAAGGCAGCUAAGAAGAGCUUGGAUGCGAGGGGGAGAGACCGCAAAUGUUGGGCGACAGGCGACGAAGUCGCUUCGUUGAUAGCCUGCCUGAUGGUGGCAAUCGUCACGCGGGCCAUUGGCUUAAUCCCAUUAGAGUCCGGCUGACUCUUACCCUUCCGACUGGGCGUCCCUGCAGACAUUUCAUUGCUGUUCUUCUCAUAUGUGUUCUCUGCAAUCUCAACUGCGCGUCGACAAAUAUCCAGUGCCCGACGUGCGUCACCAGACACAGCAGCCACCUUCUGACUGGCAAAUUGUACGGCAUCUUUGUCCACGAUGUUUCCGGGCACGCCUUCUAAUCUUGAUGAGAUAAUUUCCAUCAGCUGUGUGUGAUUGUAACCUGGAAACGUGAUCCUGGUCAAUCCUAACCGUGAGCUGAUCUUGUUCGAAAGUGUCCGUUCUGGCAAAUCCAUAGUAUUGGCUACUGCAAGGACAAUCAGCUUUGAAUGCCGCAUCGCUGGCCAGUUGAAGAAAUUGUACAUGACACUUUGGUUCCGUGUCACAAGUUGGUCAAGCUCGUCCAUGAGGACGACACAUGGAAUGCGGCGGGGAGAUGGAUGGGAGAACUCUUGUUCCAAAAGGCUCAGGGCGUGGUUAGGACUGACACGAUCCCCUUUCAGAGCCUCCCAUAACAGCGAGUAGGACUGGUGUGGUUCGGUGACUUUCAUGCCAUUGAUCUCGACGAAAUUGAAGUCAUCCAGCUCGUCGUUCAAAACAGCCUGGUGAAGAGAAGUGACUACAUCUCUGACGGUGGCCGUCUUGCCAGUGCCUGGUGUGCCUGAGAUAUAGAUGCAGCCGCCUGAGCCGUCCACAAUCGCCGAGUACAAAUGCGAGUAGACUGUGUUGAACUCGUUGGAUCGACAUGGUAGCGACGUUGGAACAGCAGAGACAUGCAAAGUAGUUCGUGCGUGUGAGUAAGGGGUCGCCAUGUACUGCGAGGGAGAAAGGACUCGUGUACCAAGAGGCGUUAUCUCGAUCGGCUUUUUAAUCAUGAUUCGUUUGUGAGUUGGCGUAGUGUACUUGGACGUUUUGACAGAACGUGGAGUUGCAACUGUAGAAGUCGUUUUCCGACGUUUGCUGGGUGUCUUUGGCUCGUCUUCUACGACCUCCGCUUUCUGGUUGUACUCAAGAUCUUCCUGUUUAGCGGCUGCCCGUCUUUUGUUGACUUUUGUCUGUUCCUUUAUCCAAUCAAUCAGGUCGAGCAAAUUUUCAGGACUUUUAUAAAUCUCAUCCCAGACGAAAUCUUCCGUAAAUUGAAGCGUUCGCUGUUUAACCCC